CGUCGCCAGCGAGCGCUUCCUGUCCCUGAGCCAAGAUGGCGGCGUCCGUGUGCAGAUUCGGGAGCUCGGUGGGUCGAGCGUUCGCCGGAGCUCGCAGCCCUGUGCUUCUGUCCCUGAGGCGCGGGCAGAGUAGUGUGUCCUACGCCCAGAGUAUCCAGGCGUACCCCGAGACCCUGCUCACCACCCUGGAUAAUGGCCUGCGCAUCGCCUCAGAGGAGACAAGCCACAGCACCUGCACUGUUGGCCUGUGGGUGAACUGUGGCAGUCGCUAUGAGACGGAGAAGAACAAUGGAGCGGGCUUCUUUCUGGAGCACUUGAUCUUCAAGGGCACUAAGAAGUACCCUCAGGCGGCUCUGGAGAGAGAGGUGGAGUCAAUCGGUGCCCACCUCAGCGCCUACACCUCCCGUGAGCAGAGUGCGUACUACAUGAAGACCCAGACCAAGGAUCUCCCCAAGGCAAUCGAGUUGCUGGCCGAGGUGGUGCAGAACAGCAUGCUGAGUGAGGAGGAGCUGGAGCACCAGCGUGGGGUGCUGCUCAAAGAGCUGGAGGAGGUGGAGGGCAGCUUCCAGGAUGUAUGCCUGGACCUGCUGCACGCCACAGCCUACCAGGGCACUCCGCUGGGCCAGAGCGUGCUGGGGCCAUCACACAACGCCAGGACUCUGAAACGACAGGACCUGCUAGAGUACAUGAACAGCCACUUCAAGGCACCCCGCAUGGUCCUCGCAGCUGCAGGGGGUGUGAGUCACAGCGAGCUGGUGGACCUGGCCAAGCAGCACUUGGGCAGCGUGCCUUUCCAGUAUGAUGGAGAUGCUGUUCCCGUGCUCUCCCUUUGCCGCUUUACUGGGAGUGAGAUCCGCAUGCGCGACGACGCGAUGCCCCUGGCUCACGUCGCCAUCGCCGUAGAGGGUGCCGGCGCCAACAGUCCUGAUGUUGUGCCCCUCAUGGUUGCCAACGCCAUCAUUGGGAACUAUGAUAUGACCUACAGCGGCGGGAAGAACCUGAGCAGCCAGCUGGCACGUACCGCGUUUGAGGAGAAGCUGUGCCAGCGCUAUCAGACUUUCCAUACCACCUACAGUGACACGGGGCUCCUCGGCGUUUACUUUGUCACGGACAAACACCACAUCGAGGACAUGAUGCACAUGGUGCAGAACGCCUGGAUGAACUUGUGCACCACAGUGACAGACAGUGACGUUACCCGAGCUAAGAAUGUAGUGAAGGCCACACUGUUGGGCCAACUGGAUGGCACCACGCCACUGUGUGAAGACAUCGGCAGGCAAGUGCUGACCUUCGGUCGACGGAUUCCCCUGGCGGAGUGGGAUGCCAAGAUCGACGCUGUCACCCCCAGGAUGGUGCGCGAUGUCUGCUCCAAAUACAUCUAUGACAAGUGCCCUGCCGUGGCCGCUGUGGGUCCCAUCGAACAGCUUCCCGACUACAACAGGAUGCGCAGUGCCAUGUAUUGGCUCCGGUUUUAAAGCUAGCCAGCUGCACCCAUCAUCGUCGUUAUAGGGCCCAUGAUGCAGCCCCCUGUGGCUACAUCUUGCUCUCUCCAUGGGACAACAGAUAUGAAAAGAAGGAUCAGUGUGAUCAGUGCCCCCCCCCCAAUAGGUGUGUUUCCUGUGUACUGUGCAGCCCCGUUUCUUCUCUCCCCCACAUUCCCUAGAGCCACGUUCCCCUGGUUCUCUUUCCUCAGUUUGUUUGUUCUCUUUCUAUAUGUCAUCCUCAGAAGAAGAUUUUUGUGCAGCGUGUGUGUCUCAGUUUUCCGCAUGAUCAGACUCCAUGCAGUGCUGUAGGGACGAGGAUAUCAGAGAUCAUUAAGGGACUGUGCUGUUCAGCAGACUGAAUGUGGGGGAGCAGAGGGCUGUGUUAAUUCCCUGAUGUAGCCAUGGUUCUCUUCUGUCUUCUCCGGUUCAUGACAGAAGAUCUCAUUCCACCAGGGUUGAAUAAAAUAAUAUGGUAAUAAA